UUGCCAGUAUGUAGUUUUUCUCCCUAUUUUUUAAAGAAUAAAAUGAGCUAUCUGCAUUAUGGAUGCAACUGAUGGAGUUAUAGAUUGGCAGAUUGGAAGAAGUCUUGCAGAGACAAACCUGCACAUGUUUGAGAAGGGCCUAGGCACAGAUAUUGUUCUCAAAAUGGGAGAAAAGGCACAACAACUUCCAUGCCACAAGUUUAUUCUAGCAAGCAGAAGUCCUGUAUUCUACACCAUGUUCUAUGGAGGGUUGCCAGAGACAGGAAGUGAAGUCAUUAUCCCGGACAUAGAGUAUGACAUAAUGGUCGACUUUCUUAGGUACCUUUAUAAUGGAGGAAAGACGGAAAUCAUGCCAAACAAUGUAAUGGGUCUGAUGUACACAGCUAAGAAGUAUGGUGUUCAAACACUGACAGAUGAGUGUCGGGUAUUCCUCCAAAAUGAGAUCAAUUCAUCAAAUGUUUGCACAGUUAUGGAGCAGGCCCAUCUUUUUGAUGAAAGAAAAUUGUGGGAGAACUGUUUAACAACAAUAUUCUCCAAUGCGUUUGAUGUGCUAAGGAAUGAGGACCAUGAUUUUCACAAUCUUUGUGCAGACUGUAUGAAAAAGAUUGUUGAGAAUGACAGAUUAAAUGUUCCUGAGGAUUUGAUAUUCAUAGCUUGCAAAAGCUGGGCAGAAGAAAAAUGUGGGUCCAUGAAUAUUGAUAUUAAUGAUGCAAACUUACGAGAAAUAUUAGGUGGUAUUUUGUUUGCAAUACGAUUUCCAUUUAUGAAUGAAAUGCUCUUUACUGAAAUGGUAUCACAUGGGGACAUUUUGACCCAGGAAGAAAAGUUGUCGGUAUACCAGCAAUUCAACCACUCACCGCGGGAUGGUGGACCCAAUAUCAGUGAGAAGACAAAGUUCUGCUCUAAACCUAGAGUUUCUGCACCUUCAUACAGAGCUGAGAGGUUCAAGGAAGUCGUUGGAGGGACAUUGUUUGAUUUCUGGGAAAAUGACAACAUGAUUGAUGCCAUUUCAUUCAAAGCAUCCCGAGAUAUAUCUCUUGUUGGUAUUACUAUAUUAUCGCCAUUCCAAAAUGGAAUUAUUCGAGGAUCACUGAGUAUAUAUGAUGAAACCAAUAUCUGCUUAGCAAGCCGAAAACAUCUAGAAAUCCUCCAAGCUACAAAUGACAAAAUGGUUGACAUAAAUUUUCCUAAGCCGGUAGCCAUCUCAGAAAGUUGUUGGUAUACCGUAACCCAGCAAAUGAGUGGGGGAAGGUCAUAUUUUGGCACAGAUGGGCAGAAGGAAGUGAAGGGAGAGGGGGUUGUGUUUAGGUUCAGAAAUAGUCCCAUGUACGCUAACAAUACCAACGUCGAGUCGGGUCAGAUAUAUGCCCUGCUAUACAAAUAGACUUAUUUACUUUUGCAGUGAUCUCCCUUUACAAGUUAAUAGAGGAAAACAAAUUGUUUUAGUGUAUGAAUGCAAUAGUUAUAUUUCAUGAUUCACUACUAUGAAAUACACAAAUGUACUUGCUUUUGGUGUUCAUGAAAUGAAAUCUAUUGCAUGCCCUUGCACGUCUUGUUAUCUUUUU